CCAAUAGCGUAAAUAGACAUUAUUAUCUCUUGGACUCCUCACAUGCCAAGUUAACGCCUUAUUCUCAUUAUCUAAUUGCCUUCUCUCUUAAUAAUCAACACCAAACCCCACACUGUUGUUUUUUAAAUUCUAAAUUCACAUUGGGGAAGCAGAUUUCAGAAUCAAAAGUCGCCAGUCGGUCACUCAUCUGUCUCUAUUGUUUUGCUUUAGGGUUUCAAUCCUCAAAGAAAAGGUCUCUUUUGUUGCUGAUGGGCGAUGAGAAAUCGACGAUCGUGAUGGCCAGUAGAGACCGGGAGAGAGAACGGGAUCUAGAGUUACUAAUUCCGGUGGCUGAAUCCGGAGUUGAUGACGGAUCGUCUAAACCUUCCUCAUCUUCUUCGCAUCACACUGGUCGCGAGACUUUUUACAAAGUUCUUAGAAGCUGGGCUUCAAAGAAGUUCAUGACAGGAUGUGUCAUCCUAUUUCCAAUAGCAGUUACUUUCUAUAUAACCUGGUGGUUCAUUCACUUCGUGGAUGGCUUUUUCUCUCCAGUCUAUACCCAACUAGGAAUUGAUAUAUUUGGUCUUGGCUUUAUAACUUCUGUGACAUUUAUUUUCUUGGUUGGGGUGUUCAUGUCAUCAUGGUUGGGAGCAUCUGUCUUGAGUCUUGGUGAGUGGUUUAUCAAAAGGAUGCCAUUUGUUCGUCAUAUCUACAAUGCUUCGAAGCAAAUUAGUGCAGCCAUAUCACCAGAUCAAAACACGCAGGCUUUCAAGGAAGUGGCAAUCAUAAGGCAUCCUCGUAUUGGUGAAUAUGCAUUUGGGUUCAUCACUUCAUCUGUUGUUCUCCAGAAUUAUUCUGGAGAGGAGGAGCUAUGUUGUGUCUAUGUUCCCACAAACCAUCUUUACAUUGGUGAUAUAUUCCUCAUCAAUACCAAGGACGUGAUCAGACCAAAUCUAUCAGUUAGGGAAGGAAUUGAAAUUGUUGUUUCUGGUGGCAUGUCGAUGCCCCAGAUCUUGUCGACUUUGGAAAUUCAUAUGCCACUUGAUAGAAGUAGAUCAUCUGUCAGAAGCUGAUAGUUGUAGAGGGGUACACUCCCUUUCGAUGUGAUCCGUCUACUCCACAGCACAUCAGAGAUCGGACGGCACAAGACAGGUCUCUCAAAAGCGUCUGCAUUAUCAAAAUCAUGCACCUACCCACACAAUAGAAAUAAGAAUAAAACCCUCCGAAGUAAUACUUUCACAAACCCUAGCCCAUUCGCUUAUCUAUAUAACUACCAGUGAGCCGUCAUCUCACCCAGGUGCUGCGACGGUCUUCGCUCUUAACCCUGGACUCUCAACUUGUUCUUGUUCUCGUCUUCUAUCGAUCUAUUUAGGUUCCUUCUAUCAUUCUCUGGUUUUAAAUUUGUUUUGUCUCGAAAAUCUAGUUAAUUUAGGGACGGUGACGAUGAUAUCGUGAAAGGUCUCGUUCGUCGUAAUCGGCUAACUCAUUAGCCUUGCCGACCAUCCUGAUAUAUCACCACCCAUAUUCUGAGUCCCUUUUCUUUAUGCCAGUUUUUCAAAAUUAGGGUCUGCAUUUUCGUUGUCGGUUUGAAGUUGAGUUGGUUUUCCGGCCGAUGAUUAUAAAGUUCUUUAGACAAGCAUAUGUCUGAAUCAUCUCAUGUUGACAGCCUAAUCUUCUCUAUGAGGCCGGUGAAUCGUAUAUCAUUUUUUACUGUUCUGUUUGGUUGCCCCCAAAACUGGGGAAAAUUACUUAUGGAUUUGUUAUCAAGGUAUGAUGUAAAUAUUUUUAUCUUUAUUAUUUAUUUUUCAGUUCUUUUUCAAAAUUUUUUAUGAAGGGUCAGUGAUGAUUGCAAAAGCAUAGUUCAGAUGAUAAUCUGUGAUUAUUAAAUUUUUAGUCUUUCGCUUCUAUCUGAUGA